GUGGGGCGGGGGACGGGGUGUGCCGAGGAGCCGAGCGCCAGGUAAAGGCAGGAGCUCCGUAGUGCCUCUCCUGCCCCGGGCCUGGGGGCUGCAGGUGUGAUCUCCAACCUCAUGGAAGCAGGGAAAAGCCCUUCAAAGUCCCCAGUCAGGAGAAAGCGGAGGCGAUCUCAGCGGCUCCUCAGCCGUGCGGCUGUUCCCCUGGAGUUCUACCGCUGCGACAUCUGCAAGAAGGACAUCAAGCACCUCUCCAACUUCCAGGAGCACCAGCGCAUCCACACGGGCGAGCGGCCCUACCACUGUGAGACCUGCCAGAAGAACUUCAUCCGCUGUGCUGACCUCAUUAAACAUCGCCUGGUCCACUCGGACAAUCGGCCCCACUGCUGCGAUGCCUGUGGCAAGCACUUCAAGCUGGCUGGGGACCUAGCCAAGCACAGCAAGGUCCAUUCGGACGAGGCGCCCUUCAAGUGCGACGUGUGCGCCAAGCGCUUCAAGCGCACGUCCUGCCUCAUCAAGCAUCUCCGCAUCCACACUGAGGAGAAGCCUUUCAAGUGCUCCCAGUGCAGCAAGAGGUUCAAAUGGGAAGCCUCAGUCAAGGAGCAUCAGCGCAUCCAUACAGGCGAGAGGCCUUUCAAGUGCGAGCACUGCCCCAAGAGCUUCACCCACUUCUCCACCUUCCUGCAGCACAAGAGAACUCACCAGGACCAGAAGCAGUUCCGCUGCAAAUGCUGCUCCAAGUCCUUUAACCACAAAUCCAACCUACUGAAGCACCAGCGCACGGUACAUGACUAGGAGCGAGCGAGUUCCCGGUUCCUGCUUCCAUGCAGCUGUGAUCAGUCUAACUUGCUUAGGCUGCCCCAGUCUUGGAGUCUGCCCAUUCUCUGCCGGAGGCUGCGAAUGUGCUGAAACCCAGUACAGAAGCUGGGCCUUAAGGAAGGGAAGCAGAACCUUGAGUAUGUGUGAUAAGGAGACUGGGGUUUGGAGUAGCUCAAGUGCCAUGCCAGUUAUAAUGCUUCCCGUUGAAUAGGAAGCUGUGGGCAGUGGCUGUGCACAGAUACUGGUGCAGGAGCUGCUAUCAGAUGGCUGGACUCUGGUUUACAGUCUAACCAAAGGUUCCCUUGUGAUCUCGCUUCUUAAACAUCCUUCAGGAUGGUGACACUUGUCAAUUUAAUCCAGGACAGAGAUCUUCUGUGUUCCAAGCUCAGACAUGAGCAGAGCGCUGCUAAGCGAUGCUGCCGUCUGUCCCACAGAUGCAGUCGGUCUUUCAUACACUACACUACAAACUGCAGUGGGUGUCUUUGCUUCUGCUGCCUCUGUUUAGCCUCCCUUUUCCCUCAUCUUGGUUUCAAUGCUGUAGGAAUAUGCCUAGUAUAUCUGAGGUCUGGGUGAAGGGAAAAAGGGCUGCUAGGGCCCGGCAUUCCACCUCCAGGGGGUGGCUUGUUUUUGACCUGAUGCAGCCGUAUUAUCAUUGUUCCAGGCACUCUUCAGACCGAUUCCAAACAGAAUGGUUUGCAGGAAGCAGCUGCAUAGUCUGUUUGAUGGAAAGAGUGUUCCUGUGGCCACUUAGUUACCGUAAACGCUGCCUGCGGCUGCUUUAAAUCACGAGCCUGUCAAUGUCGUGUUUUUUAUCACGCACCUACCUCAAUGUGGCCGUAGCGCCUUCUGGGUGGAAUUCUGUACCAUGUCCCUUAGGGGCUUUCGCUGUAAUCUGAUUGCCACUGUAGUUCAGUUAAGCUCAUCCACUUUACUGUGUUCUGCACUGAUGGGCAGACCUUGCAAGCAAAGAAGGUCCCCACCUCCAAGAAUCUUUGAUCUAAUGCUUUAUGCUCCAGGGUGUGGGUGUUGGACCUCUACUUCCUGACAGAAGAAGGGUUGGGGAGCAAAUUUGAGAGGGGAGGAGUGUAUGUGAACCGCUGGAGAUUUUCCCUCUUUUCCCCUAAUACACACAGCUCCCAAGGAGGGAUGGCUCCAGCCCAAUGACAGGGUUUAACUUGAAAGUCUUUGAGUAUUUUCCCCUGGUCACUAAUAAACUCAUAACAUUAAUUCUACAGAACUGGGCCAGCAUAACUCAUUCUGCCCGCAAAUCGUCAGGGACGUGAGGGCCACUCAAGGGGGUUUUAAACAAAAGCAUCAAAGGAGGAAAGGAUUGCUUGAUUCCUACCCCAAGCUAGAGCAAGGUGGGGGUCUGAGGUCAGCUACAAUACAGCCCCACUGUGCUAGCACAGGGGCCUGACUUGUAAGCACAGAUGUGCAUUUAGAUGCCAGAGUUAGGACUUGGUCCACUCUUCUGGAACCAAAAGCACUGCUCUGAACCAAAUUGCAUCAGUGCAGAGACAAAGGGGCUUUUUGGCUUCACCAAAAGGUCAGGGAAGGAAACUCCCCCAUGGGAGCAGCGUACGCCCCAAUUGGAUUGCCCUUCCAGUGGUGUAGCCAUCCCUCCAUUAAUCAUGGUAGAAACGUGGGGUGUGACCUCUUUAAACUCUGAAGUUUGUAGCUUUGGUUUAAACAGUCUUCAGUCUGGCAGUGGGUUCCCAGAAGGCAUGGGACAUUUCAGCCACAGUCAGGAUUGACAGAACACUGGCCUUUCAGCUCAGCUGCUCAGGGCAACAGUGCCAGUCAUAACUGUGCAGUAGUCCUAGUCCAGUUCCAAAUGGAUCACCCAGAGACUGCCCCACAACAUGCCAUGGGUUGAGUGAGCUGCCCUCUGCCUGUGAGAAGUGGAGCUGGGAGGCUGGUGGAAGCUUUCCUGCUACCUGUUCUCUGAAUAAAGGUUUCAUUGUUCAGCGCUGGUCACUUGAAACAGCAGCACAGCACCCAUCUCUGAUCAGUCUCCCUCCCAGCAGGCAGGGAUCAAAAGUCUCCUCGUAUCUAAAGAAAACUUAAAUGGAGCAGCUGGCAACUGGAUGGUGUUGCCCUUGAAUCUGCUCUGUGACAGCAGAAUGGGUAAGUGGCAGUGCCCAUGAGACCCGCCUGCAGCAGACGGGCUGUGCUUUAACAAGAAGCCUGUUACCUAACUUGACGCUGUCCUUGGUUGCGGCUUUAAAACAGCGUUUUCUGCAGGAGCCGGAGGAGGGGCCCUUUGUACGUGCAGGGAUUUGUUUUGGUUUUUAAAUAAAGUGGGUUUUUUUUUUGGCUCAUA